AUGAUUGCAGACGUUGACGAACCGAUCUCCACGGGGACUACGCUGGUCGCAGCUCACUUCAAGGAUGGCAUCGUGAUAGCUGCCGAUUCCAGGACGUCUUCUGGAUCUUAUGUUGCGAAUCGAGUUGCAGAUAAACUCACUAAGAUCACCGACUCGAUCUACUGCUGCAGAUCUGGCUCGGCUGCCGAUACUCAGUGCAUCGCCGACGCCGUAGCGUAUCACCUCGCCUUCUACGAAAUGCAGACCGGGAAGCCCGCGACGGUCGAAGCGGCUGCGAACGUUUUUCGCAACAUCUGCUAUAAGUAUCGAGACGAUAUGGUCGCCGGGAUAAUCUGCGCAGGUUAUGACGAUGAACGAGGCGGAGGGAUCUACUCCAUUCCCCCGGGAGGCUGUCUCGUUGAAGAGAAACGAGUAAUUUCGGCGGGCUCCGGUAGCGUGUUCAUCAGCGGUUUCUUGGAUGCGCUCUUCAAGAACAAUAUGAGCAAAGAGGAGUGUGUCGAUUUAUGUCUCAAAGCGGUAUCGCUGGCGAUCCAUAAAGACACAAGCUCGGGAGGGGUGUGUCGAAUGGCCGUGAUCACUAAGGACGGUGUUGAGAGAAAACUAUUCCUCAACAACGAGCUGGUUCAAUACGAGGGAUGA